AUGUCGGGCAUGCAAGCGGGACACAGCACAGCUUUAGAGCAGGCUGUUAUCAGCAAGAACAGAGAUUUUUUAUACACAUUUCUGGAGCUGCAGGAAGAAACAAAGGAAAAGAUGGUCCGAAGUCUUCCAGACAGAAGCAUUAUUCCUUUACUUGAAGUGCUGACAGAGAUGUUUGAGAACAAAGAAAUGCGGUACGAAGUCAUUCUUACAAUCCGGAUGGUUAUUUCAUGGAGAAGAGAUGUAUUCAAAUCUGUUGCUAUGGAGGUGGUUUCCAAGGAUGGAGAAAAGGAGGUGUCCGAGCACACUGAGCGGAUAAACUCCCUCAAGAGAAUACUAAUAUCGAUCAGCAAGGAGAAGGUAGACCUAAAUAAAAUAUACGAAUUGAAAGGGCGCUUAAGCUAUAUCAGAGAUUCACUUGAGGAAAGAGCUGAGGAAAGAACAGAAGAGAAGGAAAAUGUUCCAGUCUGUAGAGAGCAGUAG